AUGUCAUCAUCUUCCCUGACGCGAGCAGCAGUGCUCAGGGAGCAUUUCGUGAGCCCUAACUUUCGACAACGACCCAUCCUCACAUCCCUCAACGGCGACAACGCCUGGCUCGUGUCUUUUCCUCGACCAGAUGCCGAGGCCAAGGCCGCUGGGAGGUCCUACUUCCACGUGGUCUCGGACCCGUGGUUGGUCGGGCCUAUGGUCGUCGCCAACUCGUGGGUUUUCAUGAUGACCGCCCCAUCUCCUCCGGCCUUUCAGGAUGGCGCUGCAGUCGAGCAGCUCGCUCAGGAGAUAGAGGAUGCGGCGGCCACAGCCGCCAUAGCGCGUGGCAAACCCAACAAGACACGAGAACAAGCUGCCGACUCGGAGUCACCGGUCGUUGGCGCCGUCUUCAUCAGCCUGAGUCUAAGCGACCAUAUGCAUGAGCCCACGCUCCGCAGCUUCGAUCGCCGUAUCCCCGUGGUUGCUGUACCAGAGGCAGCAAAGGCCAUAGAAGGCUGGGGACACUUUGAUACAGUACUGGCUACGCAAGACCUUGCUCCAACAAGGACAGAGAACUGGCAGGUCGUUCAUCCAGGCCCGCCGUUGCCUCCCUGGCUCAACGUUUUCCGCAUUCCCGGCCACCAGUCUCUCAACUUUGCGAUGGCCUGGAUCUGGACCAGAGACGACGGGCACAGGGAGGCGAUUCUCCUUUCACCCCACGGUAUUCGGCAAGAUCAACCGGCGUUCCGCGCCUUUCUCGAAAUGUGCCAGAGUGAGGAUCAGAAGAUCUCUGUCCUGGCCAUGCUGCAUGGUCUAAAGGAGAGCUUCACGUAUGGCUUCCGGAACACACUUGGAGUUGCUGGUGGGCUAGCUCUUGAUAAAGCGGCACGCCCGCGGUACUGGGUGAGGUCACACGAUUGUGUGCCGACAUACACAGGAUUGAUUGGCUGGUUCACGAGAGACUUCCCACGUUCGUUGCUGGAUGGGAUCACGGAAUACACUGGAAUGCAGAAGACUGGUGUGCCACCAGAUGAGGAGGAUGACCAUCGUCCGAACCUUGUAGAUAUUGAGAAUGGCGAGUCAUUUAUCCUGGAAUAG